CUGCCAGCCGCCGCCAUGGGCCGGGCCCGGCUGGGCCAGCGCGGGCCGCCCGGCCCCGGCCCCGCCGCGCCGCCUCCCGAGCCGCCGCCCCGCCGCCGCACCCGCGCCCUGGCGCUGCUCGGAGCCCUGCUGGCCGCAGCCACCGCCGCCGCCGUCCGGGUCUGCGCCCUCCACGCCGAGGCCCAGGCGGCCGCGCGGCAGGAAUCAGCGCUGAAGACCUUGGGAACAGAUGGCCUUUUUCUCUUUUCCUCCUUGGACACUGACGGGGACAUGUACAUCAGCCCCGAGGAGUUCAAGCCCAUUGCUGAGAAGCUAACAGGGUCAACUCCUGAGGCCAGCUACGAGGAGGAGGAGCUGCCCCCUGACCCUAGCGAGGAGACGCUCACCGUAGAAGCCCGAUUCCAGCCUCUGCUCCCGGAGACCAUGACCAAGAGCAAAGAUGGCUUCUUAGGGGUCUCCCGCCUCACCCUGUCUGGCCUCCGAAACUGGACGACUGCAGCCUCACCGAGGGCAGUGUUUGCCGCCCGCCACUUCCAGCCCUUCCUUCCCCCGCCAGGCCAGGAGCUGGGCAAGCCCUGGUGGAUCAUCCCCAGUGAGCUGAGCGUCUUCACUGGCUACCUGUCCAACAACCGCUUCUAUCCGCCGCCGCCCAAGGGCAAGGAGGUCAUCAUCCACCGGCUCCUGAGCAUGUUCCACCCAAGGCCCUUCGUGAAGACCCGCUUUGCCCCUCAGGGGGCGGUGGCCUGCCUGACUGCCGUCAGUGACUUCUACUACACUGUGAUGUUCCGGAUCCACGCCGAGUUCCAGCUCAGUGAGCCGCCCGACUUCCCCUUCUGGUUCUCCCCUGCCCAGUUCACCGGCCACAUCAUCCUCUCCAAAGAUGCCACCCACGUCCGCGACUUCCGGCUCUUCGUCCCCAACCACAGGUCUCUGAAUGUGGACAUGGAGUGGCUUUAUGGGGCCAGUGAAAGCAGCAACAUGGAGGUGGACAUUGGCUACAUACCCCAGAUGGAGCUGGAGGCCACGGGCCCCUCAGUGCCCUCCAUGAUCCUGGAUGAGGAUGGCAGCGUGAUUGACAGCCACCUGCCCUCGGGGGAGCCCCUGCAGUUUGUGUUUGAGGAGAUCAAGUGGCAGCAGGAGCUGAGCUGGGAGGAGGCCGCCCGCUGCCUGGAGGUGGCCAUGUACCCCUUCAAGAAGGUCUCCUACUUGCCAUUCACUGAGGCCUUCGACCGAGCCAAGGCUGAGAACAAGCUGGUGCAUUCGAUCCUGUUGUGGGGGGCCCUGGACGACCAGUCCUGCUGAGGUUCGGGGCGGACUCUCCGGGAGACCGUCCUGGAAAGUUCGCCCAUCCUCACCCUGCUCAACGAGAGCUUCAUCAGCACCUGGUCCCUGGUAAAGGAGCUGGAAGAGCUGCAGAGCAACCAGGAGAACCCGGCCCACCAGAAGCUGGCUGGCCUGCACCUGGAGAAGUACAGCUUCCCCGUGGAGAUGAUGGUCUGCCUGCCCAAUGGCACCGUGGUCCACCACAUCAACGCCAACUACUUCUUGGACAUCACCUCCAUGAAGCCCGAGGAAAUCGAGAGCAAUCUCUUCAGCUUCUCACCCACCUUUGAAGACCCGUCCACGGCCACCUACAUGCAGUUCCUGAAGGAGGGGCUCCGGCGCGGCCUGCCCCUGCUCCAGCCCUAGGGUGCCUACGGAGCAGAUGGGAUGUGAUGCACAGGCCCCCACUCCCCAGAGCCAGCGUGGUCCUCAGCCCGCUGCAGACUGCAGAUGCCGCCCACGCCCCCCCACUCCUAGGCUGCCUUGGGGUACAAGAGCCACUGAGGGUGCCUGUCACAGCCUUGGCUCCAUGGUGGUGGGGAAACAAGGGGUGCCUGGGCUGACUGGGCAGAGGAACCUCUAGCUCUGACUGUCACCCUCUCCCUACCCACUUGGCUCUGGAAGCUGCUUGGGCCCCCCCCAGAUCAGGGCCUGGGGGAACUCCCUGGACCUCUCCCAGCCAGCUGACAGUCUAGGCCCUUGUGGGGUGAAGAAGAGGAGGGAGGAGUAGGCUAGGAAGACAGGGCCACCAUCCUCUCCGUGCUUCCUUCCCCAAGGAAAUAUCCAGAAGCCCCGGGCAGAAGCCAGGCUGCCAAGGUGGCUCUUCUGUUCAUCUAGCGCCUUGGUUCCUGUCCAUACCCCAGGCUGCCCUCCUGUGCCUGAUGUUCCCAGCUGGGGUCGGUCUCAGUAGGACACAGCCUUCUGGAGCCUCUAGGCAGAACCCUCCAUCAGAAGUGGAAACCAGACUGGACCCCCUGCAGCUCCCCCAGCUGUCUGGGGAGCUUACUGUGAAGAGGCUUCUGCCUUUAGCAAUAGGGUUCACUAAGGGGUUACCUGAGGCCCAGGCCCAAGGCUCCCCCACCGCCCACCCCAGCACAGGGUCUCCAUGGGACUGCUGGAGCCAGGGCUCCUGCCAUCCCUCCUGCCCCUCAGACCUCGCAUCCACAGAAGCGUAGCCCAGCCAAAGAGCAGCCUUCUCCAGAGCCAGCACUGUCCCGGCCACAGGGGUGCCCCAGGCUACCUCUUCUACCACUGGGGUGCCAUGGACUCCCCUUGGCCACUCUUGGGACUUUGGUCCACAUCCUGAGCCACUGACCACGGCCAGUUUCUUUUUUUAAUACAUGUAGAAAAGUGUUUUUACACAAACUUUCUCAUGGUUUGUAGGUAUUUUUUUAUAACCCCGGUGCUGAGGAGAAAGGAGGGGCACUAGCGUCCCCGGCAGCAGCCCCAUGAUGGCUGGAUCUGAAAUCCUUGAUGGGUCCAGCUUGAUGUCUUUGCAGCUGCACCUGUGGGAAGAAAUAGUCCUCUCUUCCUUCUCUUCAGCUUUUUAACAGCCCUCAGAGGAUCCCUGUUCUCCCCGCGCGGUCCCGUCCUCCACGCAGCCCGUGGGCGCCCGUGCACUCUCAUUCAGGCCUUGACGUCAGGCUGCCCCCUCCCGGGACCCUAAUUUUCUCCCCAUCCGGGGCUCACUCUUAAACCUGGCAGAGGAAGAAGGAAGCUACAUUGCAGCCAUUCCCAGGCCUUCUGUCCACCAACUUCCCCUGCUUGCCUUGAGUGUUUCCACUCAGCCUUCCCCAGCCAGUCGUCUUCUCAAUUUUGUUUUGUUUUGUUUUGUUUUAUUUUGAGACAGAGUCUUGUUCUGUUGCCCAGGCUGGAAUGGGAUGGCACGAUCUCAGCUCACUGCAACCUCGACCUCCGGGUUCAAGCAAUUCUCCUGCCUCAGCCUCCCUACUAGUUGGGACUACAGGCACAAGCCAUCAUGCCUGGCUAAUUUUUGUAUUUUUAGUAGAGACAGGGUUUCACCAUAUUAAUCAGGCUGGUCUCGAACUCCUAACCCCGUGGUCCACCCACCUCAGCCUCCCAAAGUGUUGGGAUUACAGGCGUGAGCCACCGCACCCAGCCUUGUUUUCAAUUUUGUAUCAUGCAAUCAUCGGUAAUAUUACACACACUUUCUCGCUUAAUCCUCACGACAAACCUGUGAGGCCAUGCUCAUUGUUCCCAUCUUGAUACGAGUCUCCAGGAAGUGAAGUGACUUGCCCAGGGUCACUCAGCCAGGUGGAGUUUUGGGGGUGUUUUUUGGCACUGCACCCUCACCUCCCUACCUGUUUUCCGCGAAGUAGAAAGGAAGGCCUUUCAAACCAGAGUAUUUCACUCUCCUCUGACCUCCAGACCAGAAGGAGCAUGCGCCAGCCAGCUCAGCCAGGCUGUGUGUCCUUGGAGGGAAGUGCUCCCGUGCCCCGUGCCCCUUAAUGGGAAGGGAGGGCGCCUGAUGCUCUCUCUGGGUCUCCCCUAUCCUGUCAGGUGUAGGUGGCGGGGGUAGCUCAUGCAAGCCUUUCUCGUGCUGUUCCUGGAGAGCCAACUCCACAUUCCUGGUCCCAUGGAAGGUGCUGAUGGCCUGGACUUUCCGAGGCCUCAUCUGAUGCCUCUGCAGUUCUUGUCGUCUACCAGGCCUCAAGGCUCAGGGUGAGAGAGGGCCUAGGCUGCCCUCCUGUCACUCCGUUGCCACUUCCCUCCCCUGUCCCCAACAUGCCCUGUAAUAAAAUCAAAGAAGACUGAC